AUGUCUACAGUCAGAAAAGCAACCCAUUCUGGAAGCUGGUACACAAACUUAGGAUCUGAGCUGUCACGUCAGCUGGAUCGCUGGCUGGGUGCUGCAGAACUUUCUCAUGGACCAGCUCGUGCAAUUAUUGCGCCGCAUGCAGGUUAUACCUACUGUGGUGCGUGUGGUGCCUUCGCCUAUCGACAAGUCAGUCCCGCCGUUGUGAAACGAAUUUUCAUAUUAGGUCCAUCACAUCAUGUACGCCUGCGCGGCUGCGCGUUGUCCACUGCUAAGGUGUAUAAAACUCCACUUUAUGAUCUCACGAUUGAUACUCAAAUCAAUGCAGAAUUGGAAAAGACUGGUCACUUUUCGUGGAUGGACAUGAAAACAGAUGAAGAUGAACAUAGCAUUGAAAUGCAUUUGCCAUAUAUAGCGAAAGUAAUGGAGGAUUUUAAAGAUCAGUUCACGAUCGUGCCAAUUUUAGUCGGUUCUUUGAACCCUGAUCAGGAAGCUUUAUAUGGUGAUCUCUUAGCAAACUAUUUUACGGAUCCACAAAACCUCUUCGUGAUAUCAUCGGACUUUUGUCAUUGGGGACAUCGCUUCAAUUACACAUAUUACGAUCGGUCGUGCGGUCAAAUUCACUCAUCCAUUGAGAAACUUGACAAGGAUGGUAUGGCCAUCAUCGAAACCUUAAAUCCGGGUGCUUUCACUGAGUAUCUGCGGAAAUACAACAAUACAAUUUGUGGCCGUCAUCCGAUCGGUGUGAUGUUGAACUCUGUAAAAGCGUUACAAAAUCAAGGGUACAGUAAUAUGAGCUUUAAAUUUCUCAAGUAUGCCCAGAGCAGUCAGUGCAAAGAUAUGAACGAUUCCAGUGUUAGCUAUGCAUCUGGCUCAUUGGUGUUUGAAGCUUAGUAUAUUCAGCAAGAUACAAAUUUUGCUUUAAUUUGCAAGUACCGACCGACAUACGUACCCAAAUAUCUGGCAGAAUACUUCUACUUUAAAUGAUUUCAUGUAUUUUUUUCUAAAAAGCUUAUAAUAAUUAAAUUUCACCAAACUAUAUUUCAAUAAAUGUAGACAAGUGUAGCUUAUAA